AUGACCAACAUGAGCUGGAGCUUCCUGACGCGGCUGCUGGAGGAGAUCCAUAACCACUCCACCUUCGUGGGCAAGGUGUGGCUCACGGUGCUCAUCGUCUUUCGCAUUGUGCUCACAGCGGUGGGAGGGGAGUCCAUCUACUCCGAUGAGCAAAGCAAGUUCACGUGCAACACGAGGCAGCCAGGCUGUGACAAUGUCUGUUACGAUGCCUUCGCCCCGCUGUCCCACGUGCGCUUCUGGGUCUUUCAGAUAGUGGUCAUUUCCACGCCCUCCGUCAUGUACCUGGGCUACGCCAUCCACCGCCUGGCACGGGCCUCUGAGGAGGAGCGACGCCGUGCGCUCCGCCGCCGCUCUGGUCGCCAGCCGGGUCCCCGCCGCCCGCCGCCGCCGCCUCCGCCGCUGCCGCCCCACCCCGGCUGGCCUGAGCCCUCGGACCUGGGCGAGGAGGAGCCCAUGCUCGCCCUGGGCGAGGAGGAGGAGCUGGAGGCAGCCGAGGGCCUGGGCGAAGAGGAGGAAGAGGCGGCAGCGAUGGCCGCCAAAGUGGCCGAUAUGGACAGCAAAACCGCAGCGGGGGCCACAGGCCAGGCCGCCAAGCACGACGGGCGGCGGCGCAUACAACGCGAGGGUCUGAUGCGCGCGUACGUGGCGCAGCUGCUGGCGCGUGCUGUCUUCGAGGUCGCCUUUCUGGUGGGCCAGUACUUGCUGUACGGCUUCGAAGUGAGGCCUUUCUUCCGCUGCAGCCGCCAGCCCUGCCCACACAUGGUUGACUGCUUCGUGUCGAGGCCAACAGAGAAGACCGUCUUCCUGCUGGUCAUGUACGUGGUCAGCUGCCUCUGCUUGCUGCUUAACCUCUGCGAGAUGGCUCACCUGGGUCUAGGCAGCGCGCAGGACGCCGUGCGCGCGCGCCGCCGCCCGCCCGUCGCUACCCCAGGCCCUGUGCCACGCCCGCCUCCGCCAUGCCCCUUCGCGCCCGCUGCGCCCGGCCCAGUAGGACCGCCAGACUACAGCCUGGUAGUGCGCGCUGCUGAGCGCGCGCGCGCCCAUGACCAGAACCUGGCCAACCUGGCACUGCAGGCUCUGCGUGAGCGUGGCCGCCACAGCCCCCCCUCACCCGAUCUGGCCGCUGUUGCGCGGGCUGCGCCCCGGGCCGCAGGCCUUGCCACCUCCUCCCGAACCGGCAGCGCCACCUCUGGGGGCACUGUCGGGGAGCCAGGCCGUCCAGGCGGAGCCCCUGAGCGGCAGGGCGCCAAGCCAAAGGCCGGCUCUGAGCCAGGCAGCGCCAGCAGCAGGGACGGCAAGACGACCGUAUGGAUCUGA